UACAAAGCUCGUAAAUCCUCGGGAAGAAAGGAUUCCAAACCUUCUCCUAAAAGAAUCAGAGACUCUUUUAGUGACGCUCUGGAAAGGAGAAAGAAUCUGCCAAGUGGUGUUGGUACAUCGUCGUUCGCCAAGACUCCUGAAUGACGCUCGUAAGGACUUCCUUGAUGGGUUCUCUAAAAUAAUCAAAAUAUUUCAAUAUUUCUUCAUUUCAUAUCACGCAUCCACACACACAAAUCUCACUUGGUGCCAGAACCGAACCCCCACCAAAGAGAAAGACCAAAAAUCACAAGAAACACUAUCAAAUAAAUAAAAUCUCCCAAGACGCAAACCAGGAUGUUGCUCUGAGCAUCCGCAGCGAGAGGCCGCGCGGGGAGAGUGUGCCUGUAGUAGUUAGCUUUAGGAGUGAACCUGUGGAGGAGAAUGAACCAUAACGGCUGUGUCUUGUUGAACGGUCAUUCCGAGGGACACAGCGCGACAACUAGUUCUACGACGAAAGCCUCAAACAACGAUAACUCAUCGUCUUCAUCGUCCUCGAACAACAACAUUAACAACCACAACAACAACAGUAACAACAUCAUGGGGAAACUCACACAGCCAGAAAGCAACAGCAUCGUUAACAACAACAACCUCACAGUCAACGGACAAAAAGCCACACAAGAAGGCCGCGCAGGCGCAGUGGUGGGCCGCCGAGGUGACCCCAAAUACCUUGACGUCAUCAGGGAGAGGCCAAUCCGGGUCACUGUCAAGGUGCUUGUGCCAGUCAAGGAGCACCCAAAGUUCAACUUCGUGGGCAAGCUCCUCGGUCCGAAAGGCAACUCCAUGAAACGCCUUCAGGAAGAAACCAUGACCAAGAUGGCAGUUCUCGGACGCGGCUCUAUGAGGGACAAACAGAAGGAGGAGGAGCUGCGUGCCUCGGGCGACCCCAAGUACGUGCACCUGACGGAAGACCUUCACGUGGAGAUCACCGCCUUCGCGUCCCCGGCGGAGGCCCACGCCCGCAUCGCCUACGCCCUGGCGGAGGUGCGCCGCUACCUCGUUCCCGACAACAACGACGACAUCCGCAAGGAGCAGAUAAGAGAGAUGGAGCUGAUAAGCGACCCACAGGCGGCCGGGGGAGCCACGGCAACCAGCGGAGGAGGAGGUGGAGGAGGGGGCGGCGCAGGGGACAGACCGCCGCCCGCGCUCACGCCGCCAGAGCUGAUGUCGCCCGACGGACCCGAGUGCAGGGGCGCUGUGGUCGGACCCGCCCCCCCAGGCCCUCCUCUCCCUCCAGGGCUCCGCGGGCGUGCGCCUCCGCCCCAUCCACGCCUCAUGCCCGCCCAUCCCGCCCGUGCUCUGCCCCCGCUGGUGAGGAAGCUGCCUGCCUCCCUGCCCCCUCCCGUGCCGCCGCCCCCUGCCAAGCGCCGCGUCCUCUCCAUCUUGGACAAGGCCAAGCUCGCCCUCGACCACAGCUACGGCCUGCACGAGGACGACCCGCGCCACUACCCGUUCGAGGCGCCAGAAUUUGCUUAUGACGAGUAUGCUGAUUACGGACCCGAAGAUUUUGCUGAAGUUUACAAUGGCGAAGCAUAUGGUUAGAACUCACGUCAAUAUAUCAUAAUUGGUGGAGUGCCAAAUAUACAAUAGUGUAUCCAGAACUGAGCGUCCCUUAUCAACUCAAGAAUAUGUGGCAACACUUGAUUGUUGCCAGAUGUCCCCAAAUAGGCCAUGUCAAAAAUAAAGUGAAUAUAUACAUAUAUAUUUUGUUACUUGAUAUAAAUGAUGUAUAAUUACUGUGGAUUGUUAGUUAUAAACCUCUCGUGUGUCAGUCAGACUUGAAAUGAAAUUUUAUUAAGGACGUUACAAAAUUUGAUAUCUUUUUAAUACACUUUUUAAAACUAUUUUCGACUGUUUUUUUUUCACGAUAACAAUUACAGUGAAUAAUAUCUGCAGAAUCUUAAUUCAUACAAGAUAUUUUUUCCAAGAAACUAAUCUAUUUUUUUGUAGAUUAUGAAAUAAAGAUAGAACUCUAUUUUCUUGUUGAUACAAAGCUAGCUGAUCAAGAGGACUCCCAUGUUGAAAUGCAACGUGGAAGUUCCAGCUUAAAGAGACAAAGAAAGAGACAAAUGCUUCCCAUAAAUCUAGAAAAAAAAUUGACUGUGCUUUCGUUAAUAUAUGAAGUGUCAUGGCAAAAAUUCCAAGAAUGAAAUAGAUAAUCCCUUAUUGCAUAUGAUCUAAAAUUCCACUGUGGGAUCUACCUUAAGAUUUGUACACUGUGCAUCGAAUUUCUCACUUCAGAGAUAACGAAAAAUGGAGAAAAAUUUAAUGAUACUAACAUAAUUACAUCAUGUCUUGGGAGAAUUAAACAAACGAUUUGCACCAAGCUUAAGAAACAAGAAAAAAAGUUUACACAUCUGAGUUUACGUGUCAAUAAACAGUCAUACUUUUUGCUUGCAUAGAAAUGCAACACUAGCAUGAUUUCUUAAGCUUAUAUUGCAAACGAGUGUUGUUAAUGGUGAUAAUAUAAGGAUGUUGCAUGUCCCUUCAACACAUUAAUGUAGGUUUUAUUUUCUGAACGAUUUUAUUUACUUGUUCAUUAUUCUUAGUUUGUCUUUAGUUUCAUCUAAAUGUACCUUAUAAAUAAUGCCACUGUAAUCUAAAUCAAAGGUAUGAAUGUUGACUAACUUAAUCACGAACAAAGACCUUAUUAAUUACAUAUAGUAAAUAGUAAUAGUUUAUGUUUAUAAUAGCUACAUAAAUUUUUCCCACACUAUGUUUUCGGCGAUUAAAUCAUUAUGAUUAAUAAUAAAUGUUAUAUAAUACACACUAGAGUAGAGUAUUUGAG